AUGUCAACGAAAAAAAUAAAGAUAUUGGAGUUUUUUAAAAAUUUAGACAUAUUCUCUGAAUCCAUUUAAUUUAAUGCAAGUAAAUAAUAACUAAAAAAAAGAACUAUUUUCGGUUCUAUUUUAACAGUAACAAUUGUUAUUUUAACUGGCAUUUACUUCUUUUAUUAAUCUUACCUCUACUUUGAUGGAUAAAUGGAACCUACUGUAAGGUAACAAGGUAUAGUAUCUGAUUAAGUUGACAUCUAAUUAGAUAGUGAAAUGUUUGCAUUUGGUUAUUAUUCAGUCUUAUACAGUAAAACUUUAAUGGAAUUAGAAGAAGAGUAAAAUAUACUAUAUAAAGUAUUUUUUAGUUAUUUUUUCUCUUCAGUUAAUGGAUAAACUUAAGUUUUACCUUUGAAUAUAGUAAAAUGUUAAAGUCCAUAAUUAAAAGGCCUUUACUGCAUAGAUUUUAGUAAAUAUCCUGAUCUUCACUUAACUAAUUUAGCCGACUUUGGUAGAUAAUUUUCAUACAUAGCUGUAACAUCAUAUAACUGCUUAGAUAGUGGUCAAAUAACAACUACUGUUCCACAAAAUUGCUCAAACUAAACAUAAUCAGACAUAAUUAAUAAUUAUAGCCUGUUUUAUAAGAUAAAAACUUCUUAUUUUGACACAACUUCAUAAGUCAUCCAAGAUCAAUAUAAGGUAAUUUAAGGUAUGAGUUUACCAGAUGUAUUUGCCUAUGAAGAAUUACAAAUUUAAAAAUCAAUUACCAAUGUUAAGAAAGGAUUUUUAAUUUAAUAAUAAGAAACUUAUUCUUUUUUAAAUUCAUUUAAUUAUUAAAGCUCUGUUAUUCCUCGUUCUUAAGUAAUUUAAGAAGGUUCAAAAAUGUUAUCUGAAAUAAUGUUUAGAUUAGAUGAGAGCAUUAUUUAUAAUUAUAUUUAAUAUCCUAUAUUUACUCAAGUUUUAGCUCUUUGUAAUAGUGUUUUAGCUUUGCUAAUACUUUUAGGAUAUUUUUGUAGAAGGAUGGCACAAAGUUUUAUUAGAAGAGAUAUUUCUUUUAUUUUGUUAUAAAAUUUAUUUUUAGGAACAUAUUUUAACGUCAUCAAUAGUAACAAGAUUGUCAAUUUUAAUGAACCAAUUUAAGAAUAAUAAAGCAUUUAAACUCAAGAAAAUUAAGAAUCUAAAGCUGAUGUAGUACAUGAUAGCCAACGUAAUAUUUUACCAUAACUUUUUACACCAAAAUCUAGUUAAAUAGUAUUUGAGCAGCUAUUGACAAGUAAUUGUGAAAAAAAAGAAAAUGACUUUAUUAAAGAAGAGCAUGAAUAAGAAAAUUUAAAUUUAAAUUUUGAUUAAUAAUAAAAAUUCAAACUGAAAAGAGUAGAAAGUUUUUAGAAUUCCAUUAACUUAGAAAAAAAUUUGAGAGUUUUUGUCCCAAAUAUGGCAAAAAAUGAAUAAUCUUACCCAUAAAAAUCAAAUUUAUAACAGAAAGGAAACAACAGCCCAAUAAUUAAAGAUCGAUUUAUCACUCAAAAAAAUAAUAACUUUACUUAGAAAGUUAAUUAACUAAAUCAAAAUGGUAUUUAAAAAAACUAGAUUAAAAAUAUUAAUCUUAUUAAAAAGCAAACAGAAAAACAUUUGAAAAUUUUAAAUGAUAUCUCUACCAAGCAGAAGCUUGAGAAAAUUCUUUUUGGAAAUAAAUUAUGCAAGCAUAAGGAUAAUUUAUAUUCCAAAGGAUUUAAUCAAGAUGUUUAAGACUAAUUAGAGAAAUCUAUUGAUGAGAGUUUAGAUUUCUUUAAGUUUUACAAGGAAAUAAUAUUUUUAAAAAAAGCUGUGAUGAUUUUAUUAAGCAAAGAAUAGCUUGCUGCUUUAAAUCUCAUAGGAAUAGCAAUUGAACAAAUAAAACCAAAUUAGAUAAACACUGCGAUGAGCACCUUACAAGAUGAAAUUAAUUUAAAUCACCUCUAAGAGUAAUUUAAAGUACUCUAAUCAUAAGAGUUGCAACUGGAAUAAAUUAAACUCUUCUUAUCAAGAUGUGAAGGCACAGAGAAUCUUGAUGUAAUAGAUCAUAGAAUAUUAUCUUCUAUGUUACUAAAUUAAUCAAAAUGA